AGGUGGGGCUGGUGUCCGAGCACUUCUCGCAGGUUCCGCAGCGGCUGUCCUUCUACAGCUGGUAUGGCAGCGCCAGGCUCUUCCGCUUCCGCGUGCCCCCGGACACCAUACUGCUGCGCUGGCUGCUGCAAGUGUCCCCAGGCGGCAGCCCCACGUGCACCGAUGUAGACAUCACCGUGCACUUCCGCUACGGUGCCCCUCCUAUCAUCAACCCGCUGGGCACUCGCUUCCCCGACAACACCUCUGUGCUGCCCUCCUUCCACGUCACGAUGCCGCUGAGUGCCAUGCUGCUGAGCAAUGCCUCAGUCAACGUCUCCCACCCUGCGCCCGGGGACUGGUUUGUGGCCGCCCACCUGCCUCCUUCCUCCCAGAAGAUCCAGGUGAAGGGCUUUGUUCCCACCUGUGCCUACAUCUUCCAGCCGGACAUGCUGGUUACGCGUGUGGCUGAGGUUUCCAUCAUGGAGCCCGAUAUGCCCCUGCUGCAGACACUCCUCUCCCAUCCCAGCUACCUCAAGGUCUUCGUGCCUGAGUACACCCAGGAGCUCCGUCUGGAGCUGCAGGACUGCGCGUCCAACGGGAGCCUGGGCUGCCCUGUGCGUCUCACCGUGGGAUCGGCCACCCUGCCCAGCAAUUUUCAGAAGGUGCUCACCUGUGUCAACCCCCCCGGGCCCUGCCGCCUUCUGCUGCCCUCACCACCCUGGGACCGGUGGCUGCAAGUGACGGCCGAGAGCCUAGUGGGGCCUCACACAGCGGUGGCCUUCAGUGCCGUGGCUGCCCUCACAGCCUGCAGGCCACAGAGCGUGACCUUCCAGCACCUUCUCCAGAGCAGUCAAAACCAGAGCUAUAACUCCACUGUGGGCCAGCUAUCACUGGGCCAUAGCCACCAGGACCUGGGCAGGAGCGACAGGGUGGGUGGCGGCCCCUUCUGCCUCGCGAGUUACCCGGUCAUGCGGGAGGACAUGGAUGUGGUGUCUGUGCACUUCCAACUGCUGGACAGGGCCUUAGUGACGGUACAUUCGGACACACCCUCUGUGCUGCAGCUCCGCCUCACCACGGGCAUGGACAGUGGGGGCUCCCUCACCAUCUCCCUGAAAGCCAACAAGACAGAGAUGGCAAACAGCACCAUGGUGGCGGCCUGUGUGAAUGUUGCCUCACCCUUCCUCAGUCUCAGCACCUCGCUCAACUGCACCACAGCCUUCUUCCAGGGCUACCCCUUGUCCCUGAGCACCUCAUCUCUCAGGGCCCAUCUCAUCAUCCCCUACCCGGAGACAGACAACUGGUACCUCUCCCUGCAGCUCCUGUGUCCCAAGAGUCCAGAGGACUGUGAGCAGGCCUCGGUCCAUGUGGAGACCACCUUGUUCCUGGUGCCCUGCUUAAAUGACUGUGGACCCUACGGCCAGUGCCUCCUGCUCCGCAGACAUGGCUACCUGUAUGCGGGUUGCAGCUGCAAGGCAGGCUGGCGAGGGUGGAGCUGCACCGAUGACAGUGCAGCCCAGACCCUGGCACAGCAGAGGGCGGCAGCGCUGCUGCUCACACUCAGCAACCUCAUGUUCCUGGCUCCCAUCGCUGUGUCUACUCACCGCCUGCUCCUGGUGGAGGCCUCCGUCUACACCUACACCAUGUUCUUCUCCACGUUCUACCACGCCUGUGACCAGCCGGGGGAGGCUGUUCUGUGCAUCCUCAACUACGACACACUGCAGUACUGUGACUUCUUGGGCUCUGGGGUAUCUGCCUGGGUCACCAUCCUUUGCAUGGCACGGCUGAAGACUGUCCUAAAAUAUGUCCUGUUUCUCCUGGGCACAUUGGUCAUCGCCAUGUCCUUGCAGCUGGACCGCAGGGCUGUGUGGAACAUGAUGGGGCCCUGCCUCUUUGCUUUCUUGAUCAUGGCCUCCAUGUGGGCGUACCGCUGCGGGCACCGGCGCCAAUGCUACCCCAGCUCGUGGCAGCGCUGGGCCUUCUACCUCCUUCCCGGCAUCUCCAUGGCCUCUGUGGCCAUCGCCAUCUACACCUCCAUGAUGACCAGCGACAACUACUACUACACGCAUAGCAUCUGGCACAUCCUGCUGGCAGGGAGCGCGGCGUUGCUGCUGCCCCCACGGGACAAGCACGCUGAACCCUGGGACUGCUCGCAGAAGUUCCCCUGCCACUACCAGAUCUGCAAGAACGAUCGGGAGGAGCUGUACACAGUGACCUGAUGCUGGGGACCUGGCUGCUCUGUUGACCUCUCCAGCCAGGAGCCCUGCCUAGCCCCAUCAGAUUGAUUUCCAACUGAAUAAAAUUGACCUGCACGCCCU